AGGAAGCACUUCUUCGACGAGUUCGAGUACGGUGCAGCAAAAUACCUUGCUUGUUCCAUCUUCCUCGAAAGGUUAGACUACGGCACGACACGACACAUUACCUGAUCGAUACCACCGACGCCGGCAGUUUUGCUCGCCGAUUGUAGCGCUACGGACACCGCAAUUGCCCACCGGACGAUGGCGAGAACAAGAACAACCCCCCGCGGCGGUGGUGGUUGUGCCCCCGGGGCAAGGUGUCGCUCCUCCCCCGUUUCCUUUCUGCUGCUCCUGGCCAGCGGGAGUGCCCUACGGUCGGAUCCUUCCGCAGCAGCGGCGGCCCACCGCGGCCUGGGCACGAACCAGCAGCACCAGAGGGACAUCAAGGACUACACCCUCUGGGAGUCGGCCCGGAUCGCCAAAACCCUGGCGACGUGGGGGGAGACCUACCCCGGCCUGGUCGAGGUGACCACCGCCCAGGAGGCCUACGGGCUGCCGGCGGCGGGGGGACGGGAGGAUUGCCCCUUCUACGAAGCGGACGGCUGCCCCAACUAUUUUUUCACCAUCCAGGACUUUGUGGCCCACCCCCCGGGGAGCCCGUCCUCGGACCGCCUCCCCGAGGUCUUCUGGAGCGGAUGCCUCCACGGAAACGAGCGGGUCGGACCGACCAGCGUCAUGGAGGCCUCGGUGCUGCUGCUGGAGGCGGCCCGCUGCGAGGCCCUGCCGUCGCAGCCAAAGCCGAAAUCGAAACCGAAACCGCAGUCCUCGAAGGACCUGGAGGAAGCGGGGGCCUGCCGGGAGGCCCUCCGGAACAGGGGCAUCGACGACGUCCACCGCAAGUGGCUGGCCCGGCUGGUGGCCACCCGGCGGAUCGUCGUCGCUCCGACCACGAACGGUACGUACGCAGCACGGAGCGGUGCUAUGGCAUGCGAUGAUGUGCCAUGACAUGCCAUGACAUGCCAUAACAUGCCAUAACAUGCGAUAUAUGUACCAUGACACGCGAUGACAUACGAUGCGGUCGGAUCCGCACCGAACGAAGCCAACCUUGGCACUCACCUGCCUCUGGGGACAAACCGGUGCCGGCUUUUGUUCGAUCUCGCUUGCUUGGAACUCACGCGGUCUUGUCUCGUUUGAUUGCGCACGCGGUGCGAUGCUAUGCUAUGCUUGUGUCGUGGAUGAAAUGCCACGGGCGGAUUUCCCUCUCUGCACGGACACCACGCUUCUGGCCGGAGCAGCGCUCGGAUACUACCGCAACCAGCGCGAAGAAGGAAGGAUCGACCCCAACCGGGACUUUCCGUACGACCUGAAGGAUUCCAAGAUGUGCAUGCGGACCAUUGCCGGGCGGACCGCCAACGAAAUCUACCGGGAGCACAUGUUCCAGCUCGCCCUGACCUUCCACGGCGGCAUGGAGGUCGUGGCGUACGAGUGGGGGGCGCCCUCGUUUCUGGACCACUUCUCCCCCGACCACGAGGCCCAGGUCCAGAUCGGUGGGGCCUACAGCCGGUACGGGGGCGGGUGGUCCACGAGCCAUCCGUACCAACACGGGACGAUGAACGACGAGGUAUACUACGUGCGGGGAGGAAUGGAGGAUUGUACGUGUUUGUAACCUCGGGAGAAGCGUUUCGCGGCAACUAUUCUGUUCCACACACUCCCGAACACUCCGCUCACGGUUUUCUUUCUUUUUUUCUCAGGGGCAUACGGCGGGUCUUGGACUCCUGAGAAGGUUACUCCCUGUACUCCAAAAGAGUUCGGAGGAUAUCCACGGGAAAAGACGGUCUACAAUAAUUCGACGCUCCGGGUGUUCAACAUGCUCGUCGAAACGAGCAACGCAAAGGAGCCCAAACACCAUCUCGGGAGUUCGCUGGACGUCCUGAACGGUGACACGGCAGGCAACGGGCACGUGUCUCGCAACAUUCGUCUGUCGCUCCUGGCGGCCGACAUGGUAGAACCCUACGCGGCCAUCGUGGGCGUCAACAAGCUGGCCCUGACCGACGACGUCGUCCCCAUGGCACCGCGCGAACCCAACGGCUGCAUGGACACAAGGGCCGUGAUGGUCGCGCAAAACGCCGAAACGGUGGACAUCGAGUGGACGGUGGGAGGAGCCGUGACGAUCGACAGCACGCAGCUCUGGUACGCCAAGUGGGACGAUGUUGUGCCGAAGGGGGGCGAUGCUUGCUGGACCCAGCCCGAUAGCAGUCUCACGGACGUGCUGCAGCGGAUCGGAGGGGAUUCCAUCGGCAGCGGAUCCGGUUUCUUUUCCGAUCGGGGACCCCAACCCCGACCGGAGGAAAGUGCCACCGGCAUUCGAAUGACCAACGGCCCAUUGUUCCGCGCGACCGUUCCUCUGGGAACCUUCCAGACGGGAGACAAAAUCAUGGUGAUGGCCUCCGCGAGGGUGGAUCAGUCGUGGAAAGACCAGCCCGAAAACAUUCUCCCGCUUGUACCUCCCCAGAGCCACAUCGUGAACGCCCGCACGGAUCCAAACUACCACCACGAAAGCAAUGGGAAACAGAUUGUGGGCAGACUAGACUGGUUUUCGGUGCCGAUCACAAUCGUUGUCGGGGACUUCAAAGACAGCGUCGGUACACGAGGUGCCGACUCCGUCGAUGCUAUUGAGGUUCAUUCCAGGUUUGUUGACAAUCGAAGCAUCAACCACGGUGGAGUGAAACCAAACUCUGCGCAGACGGUUCAGUUGGAGAUUGCCAUUUGGCACUACCUGGUCGGAAUUACGUUGAUUGUAACGCUUGCCUAUUGCUGUAUAAAGUCCUGUUGCAAUCGUGGCUAUCAUKGUGUAGAGAAACUCAAGCAAGGAGAUAGCUUCGACGAGGACGAUGAUCUAGGUCUGGAACAAAACCAAUACUCUGACCGAAUUGACGACGAAUACUGCGAUGAAGACGACGAUGAAAGUGACGAGGGAAUAGAAAUCCCUAGUAUAAACUAAUUAUUCAUAAUUUAAUAAUUGCUAAAAUAUUUC